ACCGGGUGUGAAAACCAAAACAACAAAUUGUAUAACCAUCCGUGUGUGGUGCGGCAGAAGAAUUGUUGAUGGUCGCUAAAAAUGUUCCAUCACCGGCAUAUUAAAGGAGUUGCCUCUUUGGCACGCAGCUUCAGCCGCAUCGCGCUUCAGGAACGAACAGCAAAUGCCUCUUUGCCGAUCGUGCAGUUGAAACGAGCAUCCGAGGCAAAAGUAUCGAGUGUUAACGAGCGGUUAGAACUGCUUCGUUUACAGUCGAUGUAUUUGAGCCCAACGUGGGCAGGAAACGUGGAAAUAGGCAUUCGAAGAAAUCCCUUAAUACCGCUGAAGGAAAUCAUAGACAUUCCGCUGGUGUCGAGAAUCAUCGAAUGUCCCUUGCAACGACCGACAGGUGAUGGGCCAAUCGGAGAUAGCCUCAAGAUAGUCCCCACACUUGAUCUACCCACCGGCAUUGUGUCGCAGGAUGAUAACGGAAAACAGGCCGCACGUUUGAUCGUGAUUCGGAGGCGCAAAAUGCGCAAACACAAACUGCGGAAGCUGCGCAAGAGGAUGAAGUUCGAGUGGCUUAAGAUUCGUCAACGGCGGGAAUUGAAAAAGGAGAAACUGUUCCAGGCAGAACUGUUGAAUCAAAUCAAGGAGGCAGAGAAGUUUUCCGCUGAGGCGUACGUGGCCAGUAAACUGAGACAGGCAACCGAUGAACCUACUCCACGCUUCUGGAAAGGCAAACGAUUGCCCCAGUUUAUCAUUAAGCAAAAGUUGGGGAUUGAAUAGUGUGUUAUUGUAGUGCAAUCAAUAAAGUAUUUGAUUUGACCGG